UAGCCAGAUUUAACAUGUCGUAUGCGUACUUGUUCAAGUAUAUUAUAAUAGGAGACACUGGCGUGGGUAAGAGUUGCCUGUUAUUGCAAUUUACUGAUAAGAGGUUCCAGCCAGUCCACGAUCUGACUAUCGGUGUAGAGUUUGGUGCUCGUAUGAUAACAAUAGAUGGAAAACAAGUUAAACUUCAGAUAUGGGACACUGCUGGACAAGAGUCGUUCAGAUCAAUAACACGUUCCUACUACCGGGGAGCAGCGGGGGCACUUCUUGUGUAUGAUAUUACCAGACGGGACACAUUUAACCACCUGACAACAUGGCUGGAGGACGCGAAACAACAUUCCAACUCAAAUAUGGUCAUCAUGUUGAUAGGAAACAAGUCGGAUUUAGAAGCAAGGAGGGACGUCAAAUAUGAAGAGGGAGAACAGUUUGCUAAGGAGCACGGUCUGAUAUUCAUGGAAACAUCCGCCAAGACUGCUCACAAUGUUGAGGAUGCCUUCAUUUCAACUGCCAAGGAAAUAUACGAGAAGAUACAGCAGGGAAUAUUCGAUAUUACUAACGAGGCUAGCGGUAUAAAGAUCGGGCCACAACACACCCCAAUGGGUGGGGGCCAAGGAACGGGGGGAGCCGCACCGGGUGGGGGUUGCUGUUAAACCAAUCACACCGUCCUAUUCUACACACGUGACGUCAUCCACCAAUCAGAGAGCUGUCUCGUUGUGACGUCACGAUCAUGCGGUGUUCUGAUUGGUCAUGGUAUUGUGAGGUUACAACCAUCGUACGUUCUGAUUGGCCAGUGUAUGAUGACGUCAUAGCUAUGCUGCGUUCUGAUUGGCCAGCAAACUGUGAUGUCACAGAAAUCGUGCGUUCUGAUUGACCAGCAAACUGUGACGUCACAGAAAUCGUGCGUUCUGAUUGGUCAGCGUAUCUCGACGUUACAACGGGACGACUGUGCUAUUGGUUCUUUUUCUGCGAUGUCAUUAAAGACUUUGUGCUUGUAAGAGGUCGUUUACAUAUUACGUAAUCACUUUUUGGACAAUUUGUAACCCCCCUCCCCCCUCCGUAAUCAGUUUUACACAUAGCUUUGGUGCCAAAAUUACACUAGUGUAAUCAUUUGAAAACCCCCUCCCCCUCGGCUGAUUAUGUAAUAUGUAUACGACCCCUAACAGAAAACAUCGGGCAUGUUUCUUUGGUUAGUUAAAAUUUCAGUUUAUAAAAUGACUGCGGAGGUGACGAUGACGCACUUUGUUUUCUUAAAUAAGAUAUGUAAUAAUUGUUUUAAGUGAAUAUAUGGUAUAUUAUAUUAAGAAAGAUAUCUAACUAUACAGGUGAUAUCAAUGAUAAAAUUGUAACUAUUCGUUUUAACUUCUGUGAAAUGACUAGAGAUUCUGUAAAAUAUUCUAGUAGAAUAUUUUGUUUUUGUUUAAUCUGGAUGAAUAUUUUGAUCGACCUUUUUUUCGCUGAUUGAUUUCA